AUGACUGUCAUCUCGACCUCCAAGAAGCCUAUCUUCUGCGCGACCCAUCCUCGGGCAUGCUCAACCGCCUUUGAGAGGGUUUUCAUGACCCGCAGGGAUGUGCUGAGCUGCGUUCAUGAGCCUUUUGGCGAUGCGUUCUACUACGGGCCUGAACGCCUCGGUGUCCGUUAUGCCGACGACGCUGACGCCAGGGAGUCGUCUGGCUUUGCCAACACAACGUAUGCCGAUGUCCUACAGACCAUUGAGGAGUCUAGCGAGGGUGUAGGUUUUCCCAUUUCUUCCAAUCGUCUCAUGAUGGGUAUCGGCGGCUUCGUGUUGAAGCUGCGAAAUGCCAAUUCGUUCGGCGCGAAGCGUAUCUUCAUCAAGGAUAUCAUUCACUACCUCUUCCCCCCCUCUGGCGCCCCCGCUUCCAUCGCACCCUCUCUGGGCGGCGAGAAGUCCACAGAGCCUAACAACCCUACCGUCAUCCCCGUCGAUAUCCUCCGCAAGUUCCAAUUCACCUUCCUCAUCCGUCAUCCUCGCCGCUCCAUUCCCUCCUACUUCCGCUGUACUGUGCCACCUCUGGACAAGGUGACGGGUUUCUACAACUUCGAUCCGGCUGAGGCAGGCUACGACGAGGUGCGCCGCUUCUUCGACUUCCUCUUGAAGGAGGGACUCAUCGACCGCUCCAACCUGACCGUUGUCGAUGCCGAUGACCUCCUCGACGACCCCGAGGGCAUCCUGCGCGCGUAUUGCAAGCGGGUUGGCCUCGACUUCCACGACGGCAUGUUGAACUGGAGCGACGACGACACUGCCUUCGCCCAGGACAAGUUUGCCAAGUGGGUCGGCUUCCACGACGAUGCCCUGUCGAGCUGCAACCUGAGGGCUCGCGACCCCAAGCAUAAGAAGGUUUUUACUCGUGAGUCUGAGGAUCGCGAGUGGAACGAGAAGUACGGCGAGAAGGGGGCCAAGUUGAUUCGCCAGACGGUGGAGGAUAAUUUGGCUGAUUACGAGUACCUGAAGAAGUUUGCCUUGUCGGUGUAA